AUGAGCUCUCUUCAUAUGCUUUUUUCAUUUCUUCUGGCCUUUUCCUUGGGAUGUACUGUCUCAGCAAAUGUUUCCUGCGAUCCCUCUACCCUGAAUACCACCAGUGGUGUGUAUUAUGCACAGGAGAACCAAACACUCUUCGAUAUCGCAGAUGUUGUGUCCCGUGGAGUUUGCGAUAUCGCGCGCUACAAUCGCAUGGCGGAUGCCAUAAUUCCAUUGACGACCGAUGAAGAAAUCCUCAUACCUCCCCAGGUCUGCAAGCCAGACAAUUCGACAUGCCUGAUCGUGUCCGAGCCAAAUGCCACCUAUGCGAACUGUGUUGUAGGUGGACCGCACACCUACCUCACCCUCAAGGGUGACACUAUGGCCUACAUUGCUUUGAAGCUCAAUCUCACGAUUGAUGCCUUGAUGAGCACUGCCUGGGUACCAAAUAUGGGAUCUGUGAAUGAUACGGUUGAAGUUGGUCAAACCAUCAAGAUACCGCAAUGCAGUCCAAGUCAGUGCAUUAUCCGACCUGGAGAAUUUAUUUAUGGCACAUUCAAGGAUCUGGCGGCCAAACUGGGUUCUACACCAGGCCAGCUAAUGGCUCUCAACCCAACUUACAAUCAUACUGUUGCACCUCAAGGCGAAGGUCCCAUUCUUACUAUGAUCAGAGAUUGUACCAAUCUUUCAAAGAACAUAACUAUCAUAUCUUAG